AUGCCGGAAAGUGCCCGAUGCCGGAGAGCGCCGGAGAAAGCCUCCAUGGGCGGCGGGAACCAGGGACUGCCAGCUGCCACCUCGCCCGUGCCGGCCGCGCACCGAGGCUGCUGCCACCGCACACGCGAUUUGCUGCGGGCAGCUCACGCCGAGUCUGUUUUGCGGAGGACAGAGGGCGAGAGAGCAGAGUUUGGGGGAAGGAGAGGAAGGGGAGCGCCUCUGGCUCCCCUCUGCGAGGCAGCAGUGUCGGGAGAAGGCAGACGGGGCAGCCACCCCCGAGAGACACGGCUGCCGGUGCCCGCGGCUGCGGCCGCGCUGUGCGUGACGGCAGCGCUCAGUCCCUCUCCCGGCACGGAGGGAAAGGAAUGGGAGGGGAAGCCCGGCUCCUGUCUGGCACUGGCUCGAAUCUCUUACCGCUACCCCCCCACCACUCCCGCUUUGCUUUGUCAGGCCGGGGGCCCGCGGCGAGGGGCGGCUGAGGUCUGCGAGGCAUUGACAUUUUACGGUUACGCGCGGUGCAAUAUUAGUGUGGGGAUGAAAACCAAAGCGGGGCCGGUCUGCGUUGGGCAGCGAGCGCCAACAUCCCGGUGCCGGUCCGCGCUGGCCGGAGAACACAGCAUCGCAGGGCCGGGCGCUACAAGCCCCGUCCCGUCUCCUCCCAAGCGGAGAUCAGAGAGGCUCGGGGCCAGUGCGGCCAGGAGCGCAGGAGGCCGGGAGUCGGUUCCCGGGCAUAGGGAUCCGUUGGGAUUUAGGGCCGGCCUCGAGGUGCUCCGCUCAGAGGAAUGGUCUCAGGGGCAUCCCGCGAUUAUAAAGAAGCGUGCGUGGAGUGACCGGGGUGGGAGGGGGUCCCUGUCUGUGACAUCUGUCUGUGAUGAGGAGCAGCUCAGACGCCCCCUUCUGUGCCGUUCGCCGUGUCCGACGGCUGUGUUUGUGCAUUUGCUUGCAGAACCUGCCUUCGGGGAAGUGAACCAGCUCGGGGGGGUGUUUGUCAACGGGAGACCCCUGCCCAAUGCUAUCAGGCUGCGGAUUGUGGAACUGGCACAACUGGGUAUCAGGCCGUGUGACAUCAGCCGGCAGCUCCGCGUUUCCCACGGCUGUGUCAGCAAAAUCCUGGCUCGCUACAACGAGACCGGCUCCAUCCUACCGGGGGCUAUCGGCGGCAGCAAGCCUCGGGUCACCACUCCCACGGUGGUAAAACAUAUCCGGACCUACAAACAAAGGGAUCCGGGCAUCUUCGCCUGGGAGAUCCGGGAUCGCCUGCUGGCCGAUGGCGUGUGUGACAAGUACAACGUGCCGUCGGUCAGCUCCAUCAGCCGCAUCCUCCGAAACAAAAUCGGGAACCUGUCUCAGCAGAGCCACUACGAGUCUUACAAGCAGCACCAGCCGCCCCCACAGCCUGCUCUGCCCUACAACCACAUCUACCCCUACCCCAGCCCCAUCGCUGCUGCAGGAGCCAAGGUGUCCACCCCUCCCGGGGUGCCGGCGAUCCCCAGCACCAUGGCCAUGCCCAGGACGUGGCCGUCCUCUCACUCGGUGACGGACAUCCUGGGAAUCCGGUCCAUCACAGAUCAAGCAGUGAAUGACACUUCGCCUUACCCCAGCCCCAAGGUGGAGGAAUGGAGCAGCUUGGGCCGAAACAGCUUCCACACGCCGGCCCAGCAUGCCGUGAACGGGUUGGAGAAGAGCUCCCUUGAGCAGGAGGCCAAGUACAGCCAGGUGAUCUGGAUGGCACCCAAUUCGAACCCCAUUUGUGAGACCUGCCUCUUACUGGCCACCUGCUUCCACGGCCAAAACACAGUGCCCUGUCCACCAACCCACAUGGCUUCAGGGCACUCCACCCGGAUGAAACUAAUAAAGAAAGUCAGAGAGGCACCCAAUGGCCUCCCAGCCGUCAGCAGUUUCGUGUCCGCACCAGCCAUGCCUCCCUACGCCACGCCAGCCCAAGUGUCACCUUACAUGACGUACAGCGCCACUCCAUCCAGCUACAUGGCCAGCCACAGCUGGCAGCACGCCGGGGGCACCCCGCUGUCCCCCCACAGCUGUGACAUCCCCGCCUCGCUGGCCUUCAAGGGCAUGCAGACAGCCAGGGAGGGCAGCCACUCUGUCACGGCCUCUGCGCUCUGAUGCAGGAGCUGC